AGCACCUCCGCAACACGUGAAGUGACUCCAAAAAGCUUUUGAAACCCCCCAAGCAAUUUCGCGUGCCACUCUUCUUUGAUUUGCCAGUUUCUCUGCUUUGGGUUCCAAAAGGACAUAUCGCAUAAAUAACAGAAUAAACCUGUGGAGGUUCUUCCCAAUCCUAUCUAUCUAUCCACCUCUCUAUCUCUCAAUCUCUCUCUCUCUCUCUCUCUCAAUAUCUUCUCUCUCUCAAUAUCUUCUAACAUUAUUUCUCCACCAGAUGGCUUCAUCUGCCCUUAUCUGUGACAAGGAGCAAUGGAAGGACUUGAAGGCCCAUGUUGACGACAUUAAAAAGACGCAUUUACGCGAAUUGAUGAGUGACUCUGAGCGAUGCAAAUCAAUGAUGGCUGAGUUUGAUGGGAUACUAUUGGACUACUCGAGGCAGUGUGCCACUCUUGAAACAAUGAAUAAGCUAUUCAAGUUGGCAGAGGCUGCGUGUCUUAAAGAAAAAAUUAACAAGAUGUUUAAUGGGGAGCGGAUAAACAGCACGGAGAACAGGUCUGUCCUUCAUGUAGCUCUUCGUGCUCCAAGAGAUGCAGUUAUAAACAGCAAUGGAAAGAAUGUCGUCCCAGAUGUUUGGAAUGUUCUGGACAAGAUCCGGGAUUUUUCUGAGAGGGUGCGCAGUGGUUCUUGGGUUGGAGCAACAGGAAAAGCAUUGACAAAUGUUAUCGCUAUUGGUAUAGGUGGCAGCUUCUUAGGUCCUCUUUUUGUGCACUCUUGGCAAUCUACAGAUCCAGAGGCUAUUGAAUGUGCAAGAGGACGCCAACUGCGCUUUCUUGCAAAUGUUGAUCCAAUUGACGUUGCUAGAAAUAUUGCUGGGUUGAACCCUGAAACUACAUUAGUUGUGGUGGUUUCAAAAACUUUUACAACGGCUGAAACUAUGUUGAAUGCUCGGACACUUAGGGAAUGGAUCUCAUCUGCUUUGGGGCCUGAGGCUGUUUCAAAGCAUAUGGUUGCUGUCAGUACUAAUCUAACGCUUGUAGAGAAGUUUGGGAUUGACCCCAAAAAUGCUUUUGCAUUCUGGGACUGGGUUGGAGGCCGAUAUAGUGUUUGCAGCGCUGUUGGAGUAUUUCCUUUAUCUCUCCAAUACGGGUUCUUGGUUGUUGAGAAGUUCCUGAAGGGAGCUUCAAGCAUUGAUCAACACCACUACACCUACAUCUAUAUAAGGAAUCUCCAGGUGCUUUUAGGUUUGUUGAGCGUAUGGAAUGUCUCAUUUCUUGGAUAUCCUGCAAGAGCCAUUUUACCUUAUUCUCAAGCCCUGGAGAAGCUUGCCCCUCAUAUUCAACAGGUUAGCAUGGAGAGUAACGGGAAAGGGGUAUCAAUUGAUGGUGUGGCUCUUCCCUAUGAGGCUGGUGAAAUCGAUUUCGGUGAACCAGGAACAAAUGGUCAGCAUAGCUUUUACCAAUUAAUUCACCAGGGGCGAGUUAUUCCUUGUGAUUUUAUUGGCAUUGUGAAGAGUCAGCAACCUGUGUACCUGAAAGGUGAAGUGGUGAGUAACCACGAUGAGCUCAUGUCUAACUUUUUUGCACAGCCAGAUGCCCUUGCUUAUGGGAAGACCCCACAACAGUUGCAAAGUGAGAAUGUCUCCCAGCAUCUUAUCCCUCACAAGACCUUCUCUGGCAAUCGGCCUUCUCUCAGCCUUCUACUUCCAUCGUUGAGUGCUUAUAAUGUCGGACAGUUGCUGGCAUUCUAUGAACACAGAAUUGCUGUUGAAGGCUUCAUCUGGGGUAUCAACUCCUUUGACCAGUGGGGAGUUGAGUUAGGAAAGUCGCUGGCUUCCCAAGUGAGAAAGCAACUUCAUGCAUCUCGUAAGAAAGGAGAACCAGUUGAGGGCUUCAAUUUCAGUACUACAACAAUGCUAAACAGAUAUCUACAGGAUAGUUCGGAUGUACCUCCUGAUCCAUCCACUCUUCUUCCUCACAUGUAAGUGCUUUUUAGUUGAAGGAACUGCUAGCAAUCUUUCAGAUGAGUCUGUGGCUAAGACCUCAUAAGCUUCAAUAAAGUAGGGGCAUUACUAUCUUUAACUUCUCUAAAUGUUCUACGACCCCUGCUUUUUGGCAAAUUUUGUUCAUUUGCUUCAAAACUGAUUUGGAAUUACACAAUGUUUGUCUGUUCGAAGUUAUUCCUGAAAUUUUCUCGAUAAUAUUGAACUGAAUUCCUUGUUUGGGUUAAAUAAUUGGAGGGCAGUUUAAAUGAAAUAUUAGGCAUUCUUGUUUAAC